AUGGACACGCUGGUGAGCACUCAGCAGUGCAAGCACUGUGAGAAGGUCUUUUUCAACCGGUCGCUCUGGCAAGAGCAUUAUGACUGGCAUACUGCCAUCCAGCUUCAGUUAGGCCGCGUAGCUCGGGGUCAGUCAGUCAACGAGCCCGAGUCGAGGGCAGACACAAUAGAUCAAAUCAACAGUUUAGUCUCCCGCCUGCAAUUGCAGAGCGAUGAUGUCGACAGGAAAGGCCGUCCCGACUCCUUGAGAGGCGAGAAUCGAAUUGAAUCGAAUCUACUCCCAACCCGGGCCCAAAUGGAACAGUAUCUGCAAAACGCAAUUGCGGACUUCCCCCCGUACGAAAGUGGAGGGAUCGAGAACGUCGUUUCAGAGCCGACAAUCAAGUGUCCAGACUGUGAUUUCCGCUUCUAUACACGAGAGCAACGUGACGAGCAUCACCUUUCAAAAUACUGCCGGGGAAACGAGAUCGCUGUCUACAUCAUGACGAUCGACAGCUCAGCUCUUGGAGGGUACCGGGUAUACAAAGAAAGCAUUCCCUUUGAAAGCAAAACGGCACAUUUCAAGUGCGGAAAGUGUCAUAAUUUCUUCACCACGGAUACAGAAAGGAAGCAGCAUGAGACGAGCCAUCCGAUCGAGCAACGCAAAUGCCCCCACUGCGAGAAAAUACUCCAAAGCCAGUACGAGCUUGAGGAGCAUUACUUGUGGCAUGAUGACAUGCACCUCAGCCAGCACAUUGAGCGUAGGGUAGAGGGAAUGAAGCAGCAACAAGGUGCAUCCCAGGCGUGGAAUAAUAUAGGGGCAGAUAUUACGGACCCAGUGACGGCCUCCCCGCGCCAUGUCCAGAACCCCUGGAAUCGGAAGGGCGGCUUCCCGCAGUACGAUGGUGACGUCGUGGCGAUCAGUCUUUUUAGCGCAGAAGAUCUGGAGAUGCGAUAUGCGCCAGAUGGCGUGUUGAAAGACCUGUCGAAGGAGACCGCCCAUCUCCGUUUAUCAAGCGGCGUCAGCAACAAGGUUGACGACUCCACAACACAGAAGAAACGCUCAUACAGGAAGUCACUUAAGAGCCUGCUCGGUGGUCGAAGGGAAGACACUUCCCGGUCUCCCUCCCGUCAUUCACAACGCACAUCCCUCGGGAGCAGCCCAAAUGUGAGCGCUGCGCGAGACUUGCCGAAGAAUGAUGUACAGGAACAUAUGGAAUGGCAGCUCUUCUAUCGCUAUAGCCGUCCUGCCUGGGUUCUGACACACGAUCGAAGUCAACACGUUGAAGUGCAUGCAGCAGAGGACCACCGGACCCACGAAAGUCAUCCAUCUCGAAUCCCGAGUCUUUCCAGCAGGUUGAGCCCAGAAGAGCUGCAAUCCCGUUUCGAAAGUCUCAUGGGCGAGAUAGCAGACUAUGCAACCCACGGCGCUGUUGCGAACAAAGCCGAAUUGGAGGGCCUAAUGAGUGAAAUCACCUCCGCGGAGCUUAUGAGUAGGGCUCAUCUCGAGAAGCUUUACGCGUGGUUCGAGAAUGAACGAAAGCAGGACUCAUCCAACAACGGCGAAAUUGAAACUCUGUCUGGUCUUCCGGUUCUCGGCUAUGGAUCCCCUUCACGGGUCCUUGCGCGGGACCAUGCCAGGAGAGCAAGACUGAUAACCGGGCAGGAUUUAAGUAGGAUUGCUUGUCAUGCAAUUGGUCCCCCACGCGGAUCCCUUGAUGUCGUCCGAAUGGCGCUUGGGAGGUGUGGAGAGGCAGCCCUGGCCCAGGGACGCAUGCGGGAUGCCGAACGAACAUAUACAGAGAUGUUUCGGGCCAUGCGGGCACUUUACGGUGACGAACAGCUGCAAUUUAUACUCCUCGCCCAUCUUGCCAGUAACGUGUACAAGAAGAAUGGCAACAUGCCGAAUGCCGCAGGAAUGUACAUGCAGGCCCUUCGGUGCAGUCAGGGAUUAUACGGCCUGAGAAGCGUGAAUAACUUUACCAUGCUGACCAACCUAGCCGUCUACUAUGAGGAUAUCGGCCGACUCGAUGAUGCAGCAGCGCUCUAUCGCCGCUCGGCAAGGGGGCGAAUCAAUGCCGGGGAGAAGGAGGAUGCCCUCAUGAAUAUACAGGAGCUCUCGGCCGUGUAUCGGAAGAUGGGGAAAGAUCAGGAUGCCUUGCGGUUCAUUCAGGAGGCAUAUACUGGGUAUACCCAGGUAGUAGGGCCGGACCAUCGAAUGACGCUGUUGACGCUGAACAACUUGGCCGCCUUUCUUUUCGCAGCAGGCUCUACUGAACGCGCACAGUCACUGCUCGGUCCAGCCCUCCCGGCUAUGACACGAGUCCUCGGACUGGACGAUCCAGUCACUUGGGGCUCAGUGUGCAAUUUUGUCAUGUACUACGCGGGCUCAAGCUUUCCUCCCGCCAUCACGCGGGUCAUUGAACAAUACAUGGCACAGAACACGCCGGCGUCUCUGAAAGUCCUCAAUGGCAUUGGCGAUCAUUACGGAAAGAAUAAUUUGACCCGAAAGGCCAUGGAGACAUACCGCGCUCUCCACGGAAAGAGCAUGUCUCUCUUAGGUCCCUCCCAUCCGGAAACGUGGAGCUCACUGUACGCAUAUGCGUACACGUUGGAUCGGCUCGGCGAGACAGGCGAAGCGUUGAAGCAAUAUCGCCUGCUUGUCUCGCAGCCACAGGCCCGAUCGCUACUACCCCGGUCCCAGGGCGAUGGAGCACAGGCUGCCGUGCAGGACUUAAGUCGAAAGCAGGCUGCCCUGGAUAAGGAAAAGGCAGAAUGGGGAUUAACUACAGCCCAUAAAUGCUCGUUACAGGCCUGCAGUAACUCCACGCUAAGGUUUUGUUCAGACUGCAGCCUGGUGCGGUUCUGCUCACCAGCGUGCCAACGAGAAGACAGGUCCCACCACGGGGCGUGCAUUCCUUCGGUGACGCUCACCGAGUCCGCAUUCACGAUCGUCCAGAGCCCAUUAGACAAGUCCUCCGUGGUCAAAGAAGCCGAGUUCCUCUUCACUCAGCUGCAGCUGCCCCGUCGACCGAGCUGCGAGUCCGCGAGAGACGUCUUCAUCAAUCCCAACAACUUCACCACCAUUCGGAUAUCAAAACGGCCUUCCCACAUCCUCAGCUUCCAGGCGAACCCGGGCCUGGAUCUCCGAUUCAUGAUUCAUCGUUCGACACCGUUUGAAUGGCUGACGCCUAAAACAUCAAACAUGCUUUGCAUGUUGGGUGACGUCGAAGACUCUUUCAUUGUUGUUGCGCCUGGCCAAUCUAUGAUGAAGGGGCAAGUAGCAGCGCGGGACAAAGUUUUUGGCACUGAGUCUGGGAAUGUGGAUAUUCCAGACCAGAAUCUCGUUGAGUUUGCCCAGACCGCGGCGCCAGGUGAUGGGGAGUUUGUUCUGGGGUUUAUGGUGACAGAAUGGGCUGUAUGA